AUGGCAAUCACUCCUCCUACAGAACCUCAACAGCGACUGAAUGUGCCGCAACCGCAGCAGGUGCAGCAGCAAGAGCAACAAAUGACGCCUCAGCAGCAGCAACAACAGCAAGGAGAUGUGAUGCACGUCCCAACAGCUCCUCCUCCUCCCCAUCCUCCCGUAGCUACUCUUACGAGGACGCAGUCCCAAGGAUCGAUGAGAGAUGGACCCCACAUGUCCACUACCUCCGACGACAAUGUGAUGAUGAAGCAGAUCCUGGACACCCACUCUCACGACGGCCAGGAGACGGUCGACGUGAAGCCUCUUCUCCAACUCAUCGAGAAAAUCCUCCAGCGCUCCAGCUCCACCACUACUCUCCAAGGCGCCCUCCCUCAACAUGACCGGAUUUCUUCGCAGAUGGAUAGCUUGGAAGAGAAGACCCAACAGGAAGCUUUAGUCGGCAAGCUUGAAGCAUUGUCUUCCACCAUACAUAAAAUCUCCUGCGAGAUAUCGUGCACAUGCUCGGGGGGAGGUGACGCACACUCAACCACGGUGGUACUGUUUAACACGCUGUCGAGGUACACAUGGGAUGCGAAGAUGGUUCUUGCCUUGGCCGCUUUUGCAGUCAAUUACGGGGAGUUCUGGUUGGUGGCGGAGUUCUACUCGACUCAUCCAUUGGCAAAGUCCAUAGCGCUACUGAAGCAAUUACCGGACGCAUUAGAGUGCUCCGAUUCGCUGAAGCCUAGAUUCGAAGCACUGAAGAGCCUUAUCAAAGUAAUGGUGGACGUGACAAAGUGCAUUGUCCAAUUCAACGAGCUGCCACGAGAGUAUAUCUCCUCCGACCGACCUCCGUUUUCGGUGGUCUCCGGUCAUAUCCCCACAGCUGUUUACUGGACUGUCAGAAGCGUUGUCGCCUGUGCUUCCCAGAUAAUUAGCCUCAUUGGCUUGGGUGACGAGUAUGUCAUUGUCUGUUCUCUUCGUCUCUUCUUUCGUUUAUUAACUCUUUCUGAUCAAUUGCCCAUGUUUGUUAACACUGUCACUGACACGAAGCACAUUGGUGAUGGUGGUGGUGGUGGUGGUGGUGGUAUUGCAGAGGAGAAGAAACACGAACUUGUGCGACUCUUCGAAACGACCCACGAUGAUAAUAUGGAAAUACUCAAAGCAUUGAUUAAAGCUAAAGAAAGUAAUCCUCAGCUUCCGCUUCUUGAAGGCUCCACCAAGUCAAAGAUAUAUAUGGGAGUGUUGAGGAGGAAAUAUGUGCUACUACUGAUAUCGGACUUGAAUAUCUCCCAAGAAGAGCUCUCGAUUCUGGAGCCGUUGUACAAAGAAUCCCGUGAGCAGCCAACAAGGCCAGAGUCUCAGUACGAAAUGGUGUGGUUCCCAGUGGUGGAUAGGACUCUGACAGGGACAGAAGCUAAACAGAGCGAAUUAUUUGAUAAAUUGCAGUCGAGAAUGCCGUGGUACUCUGUGCACAACCUUUCCUUGAUUGACCAGAUUGUAAUUGAUUACAUUAAGGAUGUGUGGCAUUUCAACAAGAAGCCCAUCUUGGUGGUAUUGAAUCCACAGGGCAGGGUCGUCCACCUCAAUGCCCUCCACAUGAUGUGGAUCUGGGGAAGUCAUGCUUUCCCUUUCACCAGCAUGAGAGAGGAAGACCUUUGGAAGGAAGAGCAAUGGAGACUCGAAUUUCUAGUUGAUGGCAUCGACCAAAACAUUCUCAAUUGGAUAAUGGAAGAUCGAUUCAUUUGCUUGUAUGGAGGAGAAGAUAUAGAAUGGAUAAGGAAAUUCACAAAGGCGGCACGAGUGGUGGCGCAGGAAGCCCGUAUCCCAUUGGAGAUGGUGUACGUUGGGAAGAGCAACCCAAAGGAAAUAGUGAGGACGAACAUAAACGUAAUUACCACGGAAGAGCUGAGCAAUUGCUGGAAAGAUUUCAAAUCGAUCUGGUACUUCUGGAUUCGGUUGGAGAGCAUGCGGUACUCCAAGAUGCAGCUAGGGAAGAGCAUAGAGAACGAUCACAUAAUGCAGGAGAUCAUGAGCAUCCUCACCUUCGAUGGUAGCGAGCAGCAAGGAUGGGCGCUGAUAAGUAAGGGAUCCGCUAAUAUGGCCAAAGCCAAGGGGGACAUGAUCCUGAGCUGCUUCGAGCAGUAUGAUCAGUGGAAGGAAGAAGUAGACGUAAAGGGUUUUAUUCCGGCAUUCAAUGAUCACCUGCAAAAGCUGCACACCCCUCACCAGUGAAAUCUUCUCAUCCUGCAGGUCACUGUCGGCAGGAUUCA